UGGUAUUUGAAACUGUCCCAUUCACUCACUUCUCGUCGCGCCUCCAUUCUCAAAUCUUCCACACGACGGCGACUGCGAGUCCAGCUGAAUCACACCGGAAAGAAGAAAAAUAUACGCCGGAGGGAGCCGUUCAGGUGUUAUGAUUCUUAACAUAGUGUUCUUCACGCCAUACUCAAAUCAAACAAAAAAACACCUAGUAUUCCCUAGUUUCUUCUUCCACACACGAAACUCCCUCUCACCCUAUCUCGUGUACUCCGCCUUCUGCGUAUAAAACAACACUCUCGCGCAUCGUUGUUCCUCCUUCGCUACAGCAGUUGUCGAAGUUGGGCGGUGGAAAAAAGAUCGGAGGCUGCGGAAGGGGAGAGAAGGAAAAAGAAGAGGAGAAAUGGCGCCUAGGCUGAGUCCGGGCGACGCUACGGGAUUUAAGCUGCUCUUCCUCCUUGCGGCGCUGUACGGACUCAUGUCCGUGCUCGUCUACUCCGUACUCCACAUGAAGUUUAUUACGCCGCUCGCCGUCGAAGCGCCUCCGGAUCGUUUCUCCGAGGCACGCGCCGUCGAGCACGUUCGCGCCUUAACGAGAACUGGACGCCAGGAAGGGCGUCCUGGUUUGAGAGAAGCUGCAAAUUACAUUAGAACGGAGCUUGAAGCGAUAAGAGGAAGAUCUGGUUCAGGUUACAGAAUUGAGAUUGAAGAGACUGCAGUUAACGGUUCCUUCAAUAUGAUGUUCUUAGGCCAUAGCAUAUCCCUGGGAUACAGAAAUCAUACUAAUUUGAUCAUGAGGAUGUCAUCGGUAGAUUCACCAAGCGAUGAUGCUUCUGUUCUAAUAAAUGGCCAUUUUGAUAGUCCACUUGGCUCUGUAGGAGCUGGCGAUUGUGGUUCUUGUGUUGCAUCAAUGCUGGAAGUUGCAAGAGUUAUUGUGGACUCUGGCUGGAUCCCUCCUCGUCCUAUUAUAUUCCUUUUCAACGGGGCUGAAGAACUUUUCAUGUUGGCUGCGCAUGGUUUCAUGACAACACAUGAAUGGCGGCAUUCUAUUGGAGCUUCCAUAAAUGUGGAAGCAUCUGGGACAGGAGGACCUGGUAGGAUAAGUUACCAACUGUUGUCACAGUUAGCAGUUUAAGGCAUUCCUUCAGAAUCCAAAUUGAACAAAACCUUGGAUCUUUGGGGACAUAAAAAAAUGGCACAUCAUACACACUUUGAUGAUGUCAUCACCUCCUUUGGGAUAGAUAAGUUUACAUUAUCUCUUUUUGGCUCUCUUUUGACAGAUUUAGUUUGCCAAUCUGGACCUAGUUCAUGGCCCUCUCAAUUAUAUGCCCAGUCUGCUAUUUACCCCAUGGCUCACAGUGCUGCUCAGGAUGUUUUUCCUAUUAUUCCCGGCGACACAGAUUACAGAAUGUUUUCCCAGGAUUAUGGGAACAUCCCCAGCCUGGAUAUCAUCUUUCUUCUAGGCGGAUAUUAUUACCAUACUUCCUUUGACACCGUGGACAAACUACUGUACGCAUUACAUCUGCUAUUUUGGUAUAAAAUUAUUGCUAUACCUGGAUCCAUGCAAGCACGUGGAGAAAACUUUCUGAGUGUACUCAAAGGCUUUACAAAUUCUUCCAAGCUACGAAGUGCCCAAGAAAGAAAUUCUCUUGAAGCAGCAAAUGACUAUGAUGAUGAGCGUGCUGUUUUCUUCGAUUAUUUGACUUGGUUCUUGGUGCUAUAUUCAAAAAGAGUUGCAAGAGUACUGCAUAGUGGUCCCAUCGUUCUCUUUCUUGCUAUGCCGUUGAUUUUGUGUUUUCUUGAUUCUGGGCGUCGUUCUUGGUUUACAACUUUCUGCGACCUUAUGAAAGGAAUGAUGUUGCAUGCAAGUGGAUUUAUCCUUGCUAUUCUUUGCCCCGUUGCCUUUUCCAUCGCCAGAUUAUUUUUCUCCGGUUGUGCUAUGAGCUGGUUUGCUCGUCCGUACUUGGCAUACAUGAUGUUUAUCCCUUGUUCGCUUCUCGGUUUGCUGAUACCAAGGGCCAUUUGGAGUUCUUUGCCUCCCUCUCUGGAUGCUUCCAACCUUGAGAAAUCCAAGGAGGCAUUAUCUGAUGAAGCAAGGUUUUGGGGAGCAUUUGGAUUGUAUGCUGUCAUAACUCAGGCUUAUACUGCAGCUGGGCUCAGUGGCGGAUUCUUGGCCUUUUUAAUUUCAGCUUCUAUGCUUCUAGCUUGGAUCUUCUUUUGCCUUUCUGUCAAAUUUUAUGGUCAUCAAACACUUCGGUCAAAAAUCUCUUAUAUAAUACCUCUGGUCCCUUACCUCAUAUAUGGCGUAUAUUUUGGUGCAUUUCUCAUCCAAUUUUUGAUCGAGAAGACGGGAAUGGUGGGCGCUGUCCCACCCCCAUAUGGAUAUUAUGUUCCCGAUGUUCUGGUGGCAGCAGUAAUUGGACUUGUAACUAGUUGGUGUUUCGGCCCUUUAGUACCUGUUUUGGGUUGGUGGUUAGCUAGGUCAUCCAUUUUGAAGUUCUUGUUGCAUAUUACCGUGGUUGCCAUGGCGGUCUCCUCACAGUUCUUCCCAUACAGCAACCUAGCCCCUAAAAGGCUUGUUUUCCAGCAUACCGUCGUGACUACGGAUGGAAGUAAGAUUAUGGACUCAAACUACCAUUUCGCUGUGGUGGAUUCGAAUUCUCUGAACUUUCUUUUCAAACAUUCGCCUGAAGUGGCGAAGCAACUGCAAAUUGGCUCAGAUUUCUCUCUGGGUACUGCUAAUAAGUCUCAACUCCACGACUGGGUGGCACUUUUCCCAGUAUCUCACCUGUUCUCUGGAAGUCUGAAGUUUCCUGCUAGCAACCACGAGCUCCUGAAGCAGUAUCAACGGUUCCCUCAUCUGUACAACUCCAAGCCUGCUACUGUCUCUGGUGAUGGAUCCCGGAGAGUUCACUUGGAGCUUUCUUUGGGCGACUCAAAGGAAGUGUGGGUCACAGUCCUCAACAUUACGGGUCCCUUAUCGAGCUGGUCCUUCGCAGACAACAAAAUUCCAGCUCCUGAAGUCAUCAGUGAAGGCCCUGCGUCGUUCAUCUGUAGGCUCAGCGGAUCAAGCCAUGAAACUUGGACAUUCUGGCUAGAGGCUAGCAGUUCGGAGAACCUGAGAGUGGACGUGGCGGUGUUAGAUCAAGCUUUGGUCGACGAAACGGAGAAGUUGAAGGGGCUCUUCCCCGACUGGGUCGAUGUCACUGCCUAUACUGGUUUCUUGUCCAGCUAUGUGUUUUAAUCAACUUAUAGCGCUGUACUCUUCUUGCAACGCUAGUCGAAUAAGGUGAUUUAAGAGUAGAAUAGGAGAAACUCGAGCCAUUGUUUUGGCUUCUCUAGAAGGAACACGCAUGAAUUUAGGGCACAAAAAAUUCAAGCUUCCGUUAACACGACAAAUGUCUCUUGGCCAAAUUUGCAAUUGUUGCCAAGAAUCGAAUAGCAGCUCGAUUUCUCUCUGAUUGAAACAUGAGAUUUGCUUCUGUAUCUCGUUAGUCUACCGUGGAAGAAAGUACUUAUUCAUGAAGGCUUGGAAAAGAUCCCAGUGAAAUGUUCGCAGAGGAUAGAAAUCGAGUCACUGCUUCACAAUUCAUUGACGUGAGAAAG